AUGGCCCCUUUACACACUCUCCGUAAUCUGCUCUUCACCCACUUCCUGGUAUCCCCGCCGACCCAGCUCCUGGUUUACAGCCACCACUACACUGGCAGGCGGGCUCAGCCGCGGUCCAUCGCGGGCCCCUCACCCACCUCCGGGCUGCCAUGUUGUUUCCUUACGGCGGCCAUGCACCUCUUGGAUGGCCUUCUCCCGGACGCCACGGUUCGCCUGGGGCUGCUCUUCCAGGCCAGUGGCUGCUGCCGGAUACAGGGCUCCCGCUCCCGCAUUGGCCUAGUUGCAGCUGGCUGCGCCUGCUUUCAGACAACGUGGGAUAAGGCAGCUCCGCCUGGGUGCUACGCUGUCCGAGAGCAAAACCUGCUUGUGCUGGCCUUGUGGAUAAACGCAACACAAACUACCGGCCCAAGGCAGCUCCGCCUGGGUGCUUCACUGCACGAGAGCAUACCCCCUGGGGCUGGCCUUGCGGAUAAACGUAACACAAACUACCGGCCCAAGGCAGCUCCGCCUGGGUGCUACGCUGUCCGAGAGCAAAACCUGCUUGUGCUGGCCUUGUGGAUAAACGCAACGCAAACUACCGGCCCAAGGCAGCUCCGCCUGGGUGCUUCACUGCACGAGAGCAAAACCUUGCUGGUGCUGGCCUUGUGGAUAAACACGACCCAGUCUACCGGCCUAAAGCAACUCUGCCUCAGUGCUUCACUGCGCGAGAGCAUACCCCCUGGGGCUGGCCUUCCAGAUAAACGCGACCCAGUCUACCGGCCUAAGGCAACUCAGCCUGGGUGCUUUACCACGCACCCCCUGGGGCCUUUCGGAGCAGCACAACGCAACCCGGACGCUUCUCUCCCUGAGAGCAUCACCCGGGUAAAGCCUAUCAGCCGUGGGCACUCGUUAUUGGGCAGACUUCCAGAGUCUAGUUGCUACCCGAUGAGCGCAAGGCGGUCCGGGCGCUUCGGCCUAGUUGCAGCUGGCUGCGCCUGCUUUCAGACAACGUGGGAUAAGAUGCCGACCCAUGCUGCAGAAGCGGCUGUCGUCGAGGACACUGCUGCAGUGGUGGUGAAUCACGAUCCUGAGAUGCAUCUUAAAAUUUUCUCAGACCAACACAAAACUUGGGCGGAGAUGCACAACCUGGAUUUGAAGGCCGACGAGGGCCAGCUCCUUGCGGCCAUCCUCCAGUGGCCUGAGCAGUAUAAACUCUACUGUGGGAGUGAGGGCUCCUUUCAUCACUCCUUUGCAGUAUGUGGAAUUCUGGUGGCGAAUGGCAUGUAUGCCCCAGACUUUAACAACCCCAAGCUGCAGGCUAUCAACCACUUCACUGAGGACAUGAAGUCUGCCCUGCUGUCUGGGGGGCUGAAGCAGUUUGAGCUUGCACUCCUUCUUGCGGGUCUGAAUGCACUCUGCCAGGGAGACAUGGGAGCACAGGGUCAGCAGGUCCGGAAGCGUGCAAAGUCUGCUGCAAGCAAUGACUGCAGCAAGAGGACAAAACAUACCGCACAGGAGAUGGCGGGCUUGCUUGAGAAGGAGUUUCACUCGGACAUCAUGUCUGCAUCCAACUUCAAGGACAUCCCGGAGGUGAAGGUUCGGAUUGCAGAACUUAUUAAUAAAUUUGGCAGAACUGAAGGUGCCGCCACCAUGGUAGGCAUUAAGGCCAAGGCAAACACAACCGAGGAGGAUGUUGCUGAAGAAUUGAUGAAGUCACUCCACCACAAAUGGAAGAACCUCCGCAACAUGGCUAAGAAGACACAGAAAGAGAAGGGUGAUGAGCCAACCCCUGCCCAGCAGGGUGCCCAGAGCUACCGCAUGGAGGACUGGCUGCACUUCGUUGAGACGUUCUCCAGCUACAUCUUCAAGGGGGACGUGCUGCCCGAGGCCUUGCGGGCCCUGUGUUGGAGCCUGUGCAGCACGGUCACGCACUACUUCUGGCCGCGGCCCCCCGAUGAGACCCGUGAGCAGUUCCUGGUGGCAGCCAAGGCGGCUGCAUGCAAGCUCAGAGCUUACACGACCAGGCUGGAGGAGUUGGAGGUGCCGGGCUACAUGUUCACGGUCAACCUGCAUAUCUGCGUAUGCUGGCUGUACUCCGACCUGCCGGUGGAACGCAUGAUGCAGCAAAUGAAGACGCAAGGCGGAAGGAUGGUGUCACAGGCACCCGAGAAGCACUACGCGCAGUGGCUGUGCCUGAUGCGGGCCUCCGAGUCGCUCACCGAGGCAGACCCCCGGACCGGGGCCAAACACACGACCAACCAGCAGCUUGAGAGGAUGUUGGCACGGCGCGCAGUGAACACCGAGGCUGCCUGGUUUGAUAAACCAGGAGCCAACGGUUACCUGCUUGGACGAGGCCACAUGGUCUACCCGAGUCCAGAACGAGUGGCACAAGUCCGGGCAGCCAUGGCGAGCCUAGUGCACUGGUAUGCCCUGGCAUUCGAGGAUGUGGCUUCCUGGACAUUGGGUCCCAGUGCGAGCUACGAACUGGACACGGACCGCCUGGAUAGGGUUCUCAUGUCUACACCACCUGACUGUCCCAAGGCCCGCUCCUUAUUGCAUGCCGAGGCACUCGACGAGGAGCAGUACUUCGGGGCUGAGUAUGGGCGCCAGCAGCAGCGGAUCUCCUGCUGGGCAUGCUACCAGGCAGAAGUCGGCAACAAGACUCGGACGUAUGCGGCCUACCUCAAGCACUUCGUCCACCUGCCCGCAGAAGAUGGCGCUCAGGAUGUCCGAUUCACUGUCGCAGAUGUGUACUCGGGACAGGUGUUCAGCGAGGGGCUGGUGGUGGUCAACAUGGCGGCCGCCCAGACAGCGAGGGCAGGCAGCCAGUGGGAGAUGUGGCAGGACCUAGGGCUGCCGCUAAGCCACCUGAUUUGCCGCCUUAAGGCAAGCUUGUGUAUGGCCCUCUACAAGACGGGGGGCCCUGCCCGCUCCUUAUUGCAUGCCGAGGCACUCGACGAGGAGCAGUACUUCGGGGCUGAGUAUGGGCGCCAGCAGCAGCGGAUCUCCUGCUGGGCAUGCUACCAGGCAGAAGUCGGCAACAAGACUCGGACGUAUGCGGCCUACCUCAAGCACUUCGUCCACCUGCCCGCAGAAGAUGGCGCUCAGGAUGUCCGAUUCACUGUCGCAGAUGUGUACUCGGGACAGGUGUUCAGCGAGGGGCUGGUGGUGGUCAACAUGGCGGCCGCCCAGACAGCGAGGGCAGGCAGCCAGUGGGAGAUGUGGCAGGACCUAGGGCUGCCGCUAAGUGAGCUGAAGGGCAAGUUCUGCACAGCCGCCCCGGAGGGGGACCGAAAGGGGCUGAUGUACUUCAUGCCAUACACACACUUCACCAACCGCUGA